AUGACUACAAGCUCCACUACGAGUGGAAGAGUUGAUAUAGAUAAACCACCUGAAUGUAGAGAAACUGAUAUUCCAUGUACCUCUGAAAGAGUUGAAGAAAGCAAAGAAGAUAUACCAAAUUCACAAGAAACUGAGGAUGGCAUUGCCGGGACACUGCAGUUAGAGGAUGAAGUUGGUGGUGAUAUGAUUGAAGAGCCAAGGUCGGGUAUGGAGUUUAAUUCUUUUGAAGAAUUAAUGGUUUAUUAUAAGCAGUAUGGUAAGAAAAGCGGGUUUGGGGUAAUGAUAAAAAGGACUGAUAAGGGGGAUGAUGGGACUGUCCGAUAUGUCACCCUUGGUUGUGUCCUUGGUGGGAAGGCCCGAAAUAGGACAUUGAAUGUUGCCAGACCACAUCCAACAGGAAAGACAGAAUGUAAGGCAAAGAUUAAUGCCUUAAAAGUUGAUGGAAAGUUCUGGUUGACAACAGUGAAUAAUAUCGAUAACCAUGGCCUUAGUCUAAAUAAAUCUCGCUUCUUUCGAUGUAAUAGAGAAAUGAGUGACUCCGUAAAAAGAGUCCUAGAUAUAAACGAUAUGGCUGGCAUCUGA